AGUGCGAGCGUGCGGUCGGUCGCUGUCGGACGGAGGGAGCUGUGGAGCGAUGGAGAGCCGGGGUUCGUUCGGAGCUCCGCUGCGGUGUCGGUUGCUGUUCCUCGCCGCGUGUUUUGCGGUGGCGGCGGCGGUGGUUGCAGGAGAAAAAGUUCUACCCCCUCCAUCCAACCUCAACUAUUCAUUUAUCCAAAUCUGCACCUUGAACUGGACAUGGAAUCCCCCAGAGAACAUCAGCAGUAGCUGUGACCUGGAAUAUUCCAGUGACAUCCUGAUCGAUGAGGUGUCUCAGCACAAAAACGAGUGGAGAAAGAGUCUCUUUCGUGUGACUGACACAGUCUUGAAUAAGGAGAUGCGUUUCAAAGUGAGAAGUGAGUGCAAGAACAGUAAUGCCACCAAUCACAGCCAAUGGGUGGAGACCUCUGUUCCACCAAAAGGUGUUCCAGGGACUGCUGCUGUUGGCCUGAGCUGUGUCUGGCACAACCUGGAGUACAUGCUUUGUAUGUGGCAUCCUGGAGAGAAUGCAAGUAGGGAUACCAAUUACAGUUUAUUCUACUGGUUUGAUGGUUUGGAAAGACAUAAAGAGUGCAAAAAUUAUUCUGUGAGCCAAGGAAGCUUUGAAUGUGCCUUCAGUUUUGCCUUCCCUCAGGCUGCCAAUAGGUACCCACUGAUCAGUAUAUUGAUCAGAGAUGACUCCGAAAAUAUUAUGCCUGUAUGCGUGACUGAAAAUCCUACCACCCUUGUAAAACCUGCCACACCAACGAUAGCUAAACUAUCAUAUGUUAACAAUGGAAUUCACCUGCAGUGGAGUGAAUCGGGCACCAUUCCAGCAAAUUGUCUCAGUUAUGAAGUGAGAUACCACAAGGGUGACUUGACCACUGCUCAGACAAUUCAAGUUAAAUUUAAUUCUACAUCGAUUCCUAGUGUUGACCCUAAUAGCAAGUAUACCUUCCAAGUGAGAGCACAGCCCAAGGUUGAAUGCUACAGCAGCAAAUUCUACAGUGAUUGGAGCGAAGAAAGGAGCAUCGGUGAGAACCCAAACUCUGCGUUCCAUUUUCUUUUAAUUAUCACCAUUCCAUUAAUAGUGACAGUGUCCACAAUAAUCCUACUUGUUUACCUUAAAAGGCUUAAGAUAUUAAUUCUUCCCCCCAUCCCGGACCCUCGGGAAAUCCUGAAGCGCAUGUUUGGGGAGCAGAACGAGGAUCCCCAGAGCUGUGCAAAGGAGGACUGUAUGAGUGGUUACGACAGGUUAAUCAAGGAAGAAGAAAUUCAUUCUUUAAUUUUAAUAGAAACUCCUGAAUCCUCUAAUUCUGAAAAAGAGCACCGAUAAACUGCUUUCAGAAUAGAAGAUAAGUGAAGAUUUCCAGAGUUGCUCCUUUAACUCAGGUGACAAAGUGGAUGUGAAAAGGCCUGCGGACCAUUCACCAACUCCUACUUCCGGAGUCCUUUCUGAGCCUUAUUUCUUUGAUGCUCAGAAGAUGCAUCACCAUUGUUGGCCAUUCUUCCAUCUCUGCUAGCAAAAUUCAUCUUGGAUCCUUUGAGAUGAGCAUGUACAUAAAUUUCAUCUGACUGCAUUGCAGUGUUUUUUGUUCAGCCUCUGACCUGCUCUGCCCUGUUACUUGUCACCUGCACCUGUGUUUGUGCUGCACAGUUUGUAAGCGUUGGCUGCUUUUUGUCAGGUUUUGUUUGUUUUGGAGCGUGUGCUCCAAAGUGUUUGGCUUUGUUCCUCAGCAGGUGAGGCAGGGUUUGAUAGCAGCAGGUGAGUCACUGUUGAGCUGCACACGGAGCUGCCAAUAGAUGGGAUGCAGAGCAGCAGCCCUUUGGGCGCCCUGGGCAGGGGGUUUGCAGGAAACAUCCAUGGACUGACCUUCCCAAGCUGUGCUUCAGCCGUGGGCUGAAUAAACCCAGUAUGAGAGUUGCUUUUUCUUGAGAUACGUGUGAGACACCUCCCCACCUUCCAGCUGGUAUCCAGACUGUUGACAGAAGACUCGCUUUGGCUUUUUUUAUCCUUUCAAGUGCCUUAGCUACAAGGCCUUCAUGAACUUUGAGUGUUAACGAAACUUCUUAAGUGAUAACCAUUAUCUUUACCUCUGUUGUGCAGUGGCUGGUGACUGUCACCAGACUGUCAUCUUGUUCUGGCCAUAUUGGCCAAGUGACUACAGGAGCUGAAUCAUAGGGAGUUUAUCCAGCAGAAUUACCAGGGUGGAUGCUUGAGUCCUAGACCACAGAAACUGAGUGAAUGCGAGGACUUCAAGAUUUGCCUGUACUGCUGUGCUGAGGGAUUUGGGGAAGGAGAUGAUGACAACCUUGGCCUGCUUUCUUGGGGACAAACUUUGUUGUUUCAGUAAUGAUAUAGAAUUGUUAAGGUUAGAAAAGACCACGAAGAUCAUCUGCUGAUGACAUUUGGAUUCCAGUUUCCUCUCUUGGGACUUUGCAGUUUUUUUUAAAAGGUGCUUAUUUGACUUCAAGGAAAACUUUUUUUUGACUUUUUUUCUUUUUUUUUUUUUUAAUCAUGAAUUAAUUUGUUCAUUUUUUUCUUGCAUGGUUUUAUUUUGAGGUUACUUUACCCAGCAGAGCCCAGCAGAAGUUUUCUGGCACAACUGUGACUUUUCUCUGCACUGAGUUGCGAGCGUUUGGUUUGUGAGCUGUGCUGCAAGGCUGCUGACAGCAGAGCAUGGUUUGUGCUGGAGGCAGAAAGCUGUGGGGAGAAAGGGGCUGUGCUGAGGGGCUUCUUGCUUCUCCCUCUUCUUCCUCAGCAUCACAGUGUGGGUGUGUGGGUUGUUGAAGCCUGUUGAAGCCACUGACUUCCUCCCUCUCAAUAUUUCCCAGUCCCCACUGAACCACUCAGAUAUGCAGUUCCUUCCACAUCUCCUGCCUACCUCCAGCUGCUGAUGGUGGAAAGGGAAGGAGAAGUGCAGCAGAACUAACAGAUCACAUACUACCUUAAAUCUUCUACUUGCAAACAUGCUAAAAAUGUAUAAAUUGGUUGAUGAGACAAAACAAGAAGUCUCAGGGAUUUCAGUGCGAUAGAAUGACGCUCAGGUUAUACAGAGUCAGCUAGCAGCACUGUUUGGUAUUCCAGAGGUAAAAGAAUAGCAUGGAGGAAAAGGUAUUAAUUUCGUUCAUGGACUUCACUCCCGCUGCCAUGCAAUGCUCAUGUCAUUAUAGAGAGAUAAUGAUUUCUCACAUCUACCUCAUCUCAAAUGUUGCUCGUUGUAGACCGCUAGACAAACAAAUGUAUGAUUUCAGUAUCAGUAAUCAUAACAUACCGAAAGCCACAAACCUUUAUGUUAUAUCAAUCUAGGAAGAUAAUCCUUGGUGCUUUACCCUGAGUUCUUUUGGCUUUGUUCUGGUGCUUAUGGUAAAACCAAAGUGUGUUUGUUUGGAAAACAAACAGAAAUCCCGCAAGGAAAAGGAGGGGGUAAAAGCAGACUUGAAGUUCUAGGCUGAAAGAGCUUAAAUACAGAGGAUGGUUUGUAUCAAUAGAGAAAUGUUUGGGGUAAUCCUUUGUUUUUGUGUAAUAGCAAUUGACACACUUCCCGAUGGACGGGUGCUCUUCCUGAGCUUGUGUUUCAGCAUGCAAAGUGUCUGUGUGUAUUGUGGUCUCCAGCACAUCUUGUUUACGGUGAGGGUUUUCUCCCCAGUUUUGCUGUUGUUUGUGUGCUGUUUGUUGCAGUUACUUGAGCUGUAUGUUUGUUUAAAAAACGAAUAAAUACGUUGGAAUAUUU